AGAGCUCCCCCUGGGCCCGCGAACUUGGCCGUUCAGCCAGCGCUGUCCCCGCUGCGCGCCCUCGCGCCUCUGCCCGAGAAGCCAGGCGCUGUUCCUGCACCACAGAAGAUGGCAAAGGUGGCUAAGGACCUCAAGCAAGGAGUUCAAAAGAUGUCCCUGGGCCAGCAGCAGUCAGCAAGAGGUGUGCCUUGUUUGAAAUGCAAGGGGACGUGUUCAGGCUUCGAGCCACAUCCAUGGAGGAAAAUAUGCAAGUCAUGCAAAUGCAGCCACGAAGACCACUGCUUCAGCUCUGAGCUGGAAGACGAUCGGAAAAUUGGCCGCUUGCUGAUGGACUCCAAGUAUUCCACCCUCACAGCCCGGGUGAAAGGCGGGGACGGCAUCCGGAUUUACAAGCGGAAUCGGAUGAUCAUGACCAAUCCCAUUGCCACUGGGAAAGAUCCCACCUUUGACACCAUCACCUAUGAGUGGGCCCCCCCUGGAGUCACCCAGAAACUGGGCCUGCAGUACAUGGAGCUCAUCCCAAAGGAGAAGCAGCCAGUGACAGGCACCGAGGGCGCCUAUUACCGCCGCCGCCAGCUCAUGCACCAGCUCCCCAUCUACGACCAGGACCCCUCUCGCUGCCGUGGACUUCUGGAGAACGAGGUGAAAGUGAUGGAAGAAUUUGUCAAGCAGUACAAGAGCGAGGCGCUGGGCGUGGGAGAGGUGGCCCUCCCUGGGCAGGGGGGCUUGCCCAAGGAGGAGGGGAAGCAGCCAGAAAAGCCAGAGGGCACAGAGACCACGGCCCCAACCACCAACGGCAGCAUCGGCGACCCAUCCAAAGAAUACGUCUGUGAGUUCUGCAAGGGAGUGGCCCCUGCCGACAGCCCUGUGGUCUACUCAGACAGGGCAGGCUACAGCAAGCAGUGGCACCCCACCUGCUUUGUGUGUGUCAAGUGUUCCGAGCCGCUGGUGGACCUCAUCUACUUCUGGAAGGACGGUGCACCCUGGUGUGGCCGCCAUUACUGCGAGAGCCUGCGGCCCCGGUGCUCUGGCUGCGAUGAGAUCAUAUUCUCAGAGGACUACCAGCGUGUGGAAGACCUGGCCUGGCACCGAAAACACUUUGUCUGUGAGGGCUGUGAGCAGCAGCUGAGCGGCCGGGCGUACAUCGUCACCAAGGGGCAGCUUCUGUGCCCGACUUGCAGCAAGUCCAAGCGUUCCUGAAAGGCUGCCCAUCCACAGCCAGAACCCACAGGAUCCCACCCAGAAGGAAGGCCAGGUGUGCUGAGGCCAUCCUAAGGGUCUGAUGUGCCAGCAGCAAGCAACAAAAACAGUGAUAUGUCAGUGGGAAAAUAUAUAUAUAUAUAUACAUAUAUAUAUGUAUAUAUACACACACACACACACACACACACAUACAUACAUAUAUUCUAGGUUGGGUGGUGGUAGAUCCUUGAGGGUCAAUAGUUUCAAAGCCAGCGAUGUUCUGAGAAGUCUUAGAAUGGAGUUAUGUUGUUGUUGUUGUUUCCCAACUACCAACUAAAGACACGGCUGGCGUCCUGCAAGGGAUCUCUAGGAGUUUCCCGGAAUACGGUUCUGGGUGAUCAGAUCACGUAGCUGUAGAAUGUGCGUGCUUUCUUAUGAAUGUGGGGGCUCCUCCCAGAGCAGGCUGGGACCCCAACAAUCAUUUGUGGCUCCUUUUCAAAUGGAAUUUGAAUUUUAAAUAAAAAAACCUUUUUUUGGCGUGAUAAACGUAUCAAUAAAAGUUUUAUGAAG